AUGGUGCACGUCGUUGCUGUGGCCGGCGGUCAAGGGGAUGUCGGCAGAACGAUUGUCGAGGUUCUCAGCCAGAAUCCGCAUAACCAGGUUUUAGUGCUGUCUCGCAAGAAGCUCGAUGACGGGUCUACGGUUUAUGUAGAUUACACCGACGUGUCUCACAUUCGUGAUUCGCUUGACAAAAACAACGUUGAAGUUGUUAUCUCAUGUCUGAACGUCAUCAGUCCGGAAGCUAGUCAAGCAGAAGUCAACUUGGCUCGAGCCUGUGACUCUUGCAGUACCACUCGCAGGUUUAUCGCUAGCCAAUGUUCAUCUUGGCUAAAUAUCUUUACUAGAUCACCCCUACCCGACUUCUCAGCUGCUACUCUCGCCGUGCUUUCGGAAACAAAGCUUGAGUACACCGUCGUCUCCAACAGGCAUUUCUCAGAUUACUAUGGAUAUCCGAAAGUCAAGACUUAUCUUAGACAUGCUGAUUUUCUCGUCGACAUAGCCAACAAAACGGCGGCUAUUCCAGGUUCUGGCAAAGACAAGGUUGCUUUCACGUACAGCUUCGACGUUGCACGUUUUGUGGACGCUUUGAUAAGCACGGAGGAGAAAUGGCCAACGCAAAGUGCCAUUAUCGGUGAGAAGAUCACGGUUAACGAGAUUGUUGCCAUUCUAACCUAUGCAGGUGAACGAUUCUUUGUGGUCUAUGACAAUGUCGACAAGUUGAAAUCUCUGCAGGUGACGGAACUUCCGUCACAUAUGGAGGCAUACAAAUUGUUUCCCAAGCCGAUGUUGCAGACUUUGUUCUCUGUUAUAGGCUUGUGGAUUACUGAAGGCCGAUUUGAUUUGGCUUAUGAAGGAUCACUCAAUCAGAUGUUUCCCCAUAUUGAGUUGACAUCUGUGAAGGAACUAAUUGAUCGGGCAUGGAAGGCUUAG